ACAACGCAACAAAUGCGGACCGUCACCUCACACGUCUGUAUGCAACCUGGGAAGAGUUAACAUUAGCUUCACUUUUCUUCGUUAGCUGUUUUAUUUGGCUCUUAUAUUUAGUAUUUCAUUAGCAAGUUAGGUCAUAUAUCGGAUAAAAAUGACAUCGGUGGUUCAGUACGGCCGAAGAAGAGGCUCCAGUAAGAGAGUGUCUUCAGCCGAGGAAGCCAGCAGGAUGAUCCAACCACCAGACCUCCGACAAGUCACUGUCUUAACCAAGGCUGAAUGGCUGAGGAUUCAGGAUGAAUUGAACCGGGUUAAUAAAGACAAGGAGAGUAUGAGAGAGGCAGCUAAACAGAGAGAGGCCCUGCACAUGCAAUCAAAAGAGGUGGUGAAGCUGUGGUCCAAUACCUUCGCUGGUCAAAGGCAAAAAAAGCUUGAGGCAAAGAAGAUUCGGGAGCAGAUUGAGGAGGAGAAAAGGAAACUGACUGAUAUAGAAGAGGCCAAAUAUCAGGAGCAGAAGCGGAAAGAGGCCAUUCAAAAAGCCAAGACGCAGCUGUAUUAUCAAACCGACCGUGUUAAAGGAUUACAUCGUGCGCUCUUGCUGACAGAGGUACUGAAGGAGAGGGAGACUCAGAUUGAAGUGAAGCAGAGAAUCAAGAGUGCAUCUAAAGACGUGGACAAAGAAUUCAUGAAUAUGGUAAAGGCAAGAGAGGACGAAGCCUUGAGACAGGAGCAGGAGAAAGCACUUGAGAAAAAGCUCAAGCAGCAGGCUGUUGCAGAGGACCUGAAGCACCAGAUCAUGGGAAAUGAGCAAGUGAGAGAGCGACAGAAGAUAGAGAACAAAAAGGACGGAGAAGAAACCCAGCGACUUCAAGAACUCUUUCAGUGGGAGCAAAGAAUGGAGGAAGAAAGACAAGCACAGCAGAAGAGAAACCUUAUGCAAGCUCACCUGGAACAUCUAACCAAUAGGGACCUCAUAAGAGCGACAGAUGCACAAAAACAGGAGGCCGAAGAGGAGCAAAGGAAACUUUUUCUCUCUGCAAAACAAAAAAUGAUGAAGUUACGGAAAGACAAAGAAAGAGAAUUGUUUAGAGAGGCUCAGCUGCGCAGGGAAAUGAUCAUGAACAAACUGACGGUUAAACAGCAGGAGCAAACUGUCAGCGAGGAGCAGAAUAUCGCAAGGGCUGUCGCUGAGCGCGAUGCAAAACAGGCACAGCAGCAGUGGGAGGAGGAGAUGAAGAGGGCUACUAUGUUGAAGUCAAUCGUUGCACACAGAGAAUUCUUGAGACAAGAAAAGGAGCAGAGGGACAAAAUGGCAAAACAAAACACUCAAGACACACUUCAGGCCCAGAAAAAGGCUGACAGAAUAUUUUCUGAGAAACAACAACUAAAGGCUCUGAAGAUCAAAGGAGAUGGAAGAAAAGUACAAGAAUUCAAUGCCACACAGAUGGCUGAAAAAAGUGCUAGGCUUCAGCAGCUGAGAAGAGAAGAACACGAGUGGGAGGAGAAGAACGCAGAGCUCAUGGCUGAGGAGGAGAACCAGUUUCAACAGUAUUCACAGCACAUCAUCAGGGCAGCGGCGGAGGCUCAGCGAAAUGUGUUUCCACUUUGCAAAGCUGCGAGGGAAGGGAUUGGAGCCGCUUCCAGUGCAGUCAGGCCCAGCUUCCUCGUUCAGGACCGCACUGGUGCUCAAAUGCCAAAAUAUGUCUCCGGUGCCACCCAGAACAUUAAAAUGCUUAAUGAGGCUGUAGAUAUUCAAGAAGCAAAGAGGAGACUUGGAUUCACAUGGUGAUAGGUCACUCCCAGUUGCCAAAUUUGGUUCUGAGAAUGUUCCCCUAAAUUUACCAUCUUUGAACAUACUGAAUGUUUUAAUAACGGCCUUAAAAUAUUUUGACAAAGGCUGUAUCUAAAAUCACUCCCUUAUUCACUACUCCGUAUGUCAUAGACGCUCAAUAGUUUGCUCUAUUAUAUAGUAUAUGGGGAACUGUUUUGUGUAACCACAUAGAGGUAUAAUGCAGCACAACACUCAUAUGUAUAAUAUUUAAGUAUGAUGCAUUGCAUUGUGGGAUUUAAAUAGUGUCCAUGGGGCAUCCUACAUGUUUAAGCAAUGAUCUAAACCGCAAUAUCCCAUUUUGUGUGCAGCCAGCGACCCGUUGUUUCCAUCUCACUAAUAAAAGGCAUAAAACAUGCCCCAUGUAACUAAAAAAUACAAAAAAUAGUCUCUAUGCCAUGGACAUUUUUUGGGCACAACAUAGUACAACCUUUUUAAACUUACAGUACACUGUACAGUAUUUGGUAAAUAGGGAGUGAUUUUGGACUAAAACCUGUGUAUAUUAUUUACAGUAAUAUGUGCUGUCAACAUUCUCGCAAUACUCUCUGAAUGUUUCAGUCAGAAUGCUUGACUGCUUAUUAUGGACUUCUGUAACGUUUCACACAUUCUGUAGAGAAACUUAUGGUUAUCAUUUUGAGGUUAUUGUGAGAUUGCAACACGUACAUAAUUGUUGUAGUUUGUAAUGAAUCAUUCGUUAUUUAGAUGUUGUUAAUCAACUACCCCAAGCAGAGAAGAUCACUCUGGACUGUUGUCAACACUAAACCGAGUGAUUAAUCACCUCUGCAGUUAAUUGAACCCGACACUGGAUGACAAUGUUAAAUGUACGGUGUAAAUUUCAUGUAAUACCGAUGUCACUGUUGGUUCAUGUAAGUUUGGAUGCCAAUCAUGUUUGGGCCUCCAAAAGAUAGUGUUUGUUAGCAUUUAUAUAAUAUUACAACAAUUGUUUAAAAUCAAA